UGAGACGUAGAAGCACUUUGUACGGGAAAAGGCAUUCAUGAAGGAGAAUAUGAAAGUGAUACUCAAGCUUGUUUGUUUCAUAGCCCUGCUGAUUUCCCUGGAGGCUGAUAACUGUAAGGAACGUGAAGAAAAAGUAAUUACUGUAUCAUCUGCAAAUGAAAUAGGAGUUUCUUCUUGUCCUCUUAACCCACAUGAACGAAACGGUGUUAUAAAUUGGUAUAAAAAUGGUAGUGAAAUACCUAUAUCUACAGACCAAAGCUGCAACAUCCAUCAGCACAAAGAUAACCUUUGGUUUGUUCCUGCCAAGGUAGAGGAUUCAGGGAGUUAUUCUUGUACUGUCAGAAAUUCAACUUACUGCCUCAGAAUUAGAAUAACGACAAAGUUUGUGGAGAAUGAACCUAACCUGUGUUACAGUGCAGACGCUCUGUACAAACAGAGACUCCCUGCUGCCGUGGAUGGGGUACUUGUAUGCCCUUAUCUGGAUUAUUUUAAAGAUGAAAAUGACAAAUUGCCCACAAUACAGUGGUAUAAGGAUUGUGAGCCUCUGGAUCUUGACAAUGUAAGCUUCUCUGGAAUCCCAAAUCAACUUAUUGUGAUGAAUGUGGCUGAAAAGCAUAGAGGGAACUACACUUGUCGCAUAUCCUACACAUACAUGGGAAAGCAGUAUCCCGUGACCCGGGCAAUAGAAUUCAUCCCUCUAGCGGAAACCAAGUCCCAAAAGCCCGUGAUUCUGAGCCCAUCUAAUGAGACGAAGGAAGUGGUUUUGGGAUCUCAGUUACAACUGAUCUGCAAUGUCAGUGGCUCUAUGGGUGAUGUUGUCUACUGGAACUGGAAUGGGUCAGUAAUUGAUGAAGAUGAUCCACUACUGGCAGAAGAAUAUAAAUCACUUGUAAAUCCUUCAUCUCAAAAACAAUUUACACAUCUUGCAAUACUUAACAUUUCAGAAGUUGAAAGUAGAUUUUAUCUAUAUCCAUUUACUUGUUUGGCCAAAAAUACAUAUGGCAUUGCUGAAACAUAUAUCACAUUAAUAUAUCCAGUCCCUGAUUUCCAGAAGCACACGAUUGGGAUCUGUGUCGUGUUAACAGUUGUGGUGACAUGCUCUGUUUUCAUCUAUAAGAUCUUCAAGGUUGACAUUGUACUUUGGUAUAGAGAUUCCUGCUAUGGUUUUCUCCCAAAGAAAGCUCCAGAUGGAAAGACCUAUGAUGCGUAUAUUCUAUAUCCAAAGACCCCAGGGGAAGGAUCUACCUCUAAUUCCGAUGCUUUUGUGUUCAAAGUUUUGCCAGAAGUCUUGGAAGAGCAGUUUGGGUAUAAGCUGUUCAUUUAUGGAAGGGAUGACUAUGUUGGGGAAGACAUUGUUGAGGUCACGAAUGAAAAUAUCAAGAAAAGCAGAAGACUGAUUGUGAUUUUAGUGAGAGAGACAUCAGACUUUACAUGUUUGGGUGACUCAUCGGAAGAGCAAAUAGCCAUGUACAAUGCCCUCAUUCAGGAUGGAAUGAAAGUUGUUCUCCUGGAGUUGGAGAAAAUCCACGACUAUGAGAAGAUGCCAGAAUCCAUUAAAUUCAUUAAGCAGAAACAUGGAGUCAUCCGCUGGUCGGGGGACUUUAAAGAGGGACCACAGUCUUCCAAGACCAGGUUCUGGAAGAAUGUGAGGUACCAUAUGCCUGCCCAGCGGCAGGUGCCUACAUCCAAAUGCCAGUUGCUGUCCACAACGUCUAAGCCAGAGCCUAAGAAGAAACUGGAAAGAGAAGUUCACUUGCCUCUCGGAUAG